CUCAUCAAAUUGACGAAUCAAUUGCUAACCUUAUUACAAAAUCAAAUAGCCUGAUAUUAAAAACUAAAAGUACGAAUGCAAAAAGUGAUAAUGAUGCUUCUAAUAUACCUACUAUUAAAAAAACUAAAUUAAGUCAAAAGA